AUGUAUGAACCCGAACUCGAUCAGUGGACCAGUCUUGCUUCCAUACCAGAACCCUUGAUGGGAAGCGCUGUUACAAACAAUGAGGGACUCAUCUAUGUUGUUGGAGGCCUAACAACUAAGAAAGAAAAGAACCAAGAGGGAGUCCUAUCUAAUAAAAUAUACUGUUUCGACCCACUGAAUAAUAAGUGGUAUCGGAAGCCUCCAUUACCUUGCCCUCGUGCUUUUGCAUCUGCUACCACACAAAACAAGAAAAUCUGGAUUUGGGGUGGUGCUAGUUUGUCAGAAGGAGGGACUCUUGCCAGCACUACUUCUGUUGAUAUCUGGGAUCCAAAGAAAGGACGUUUUGAGCAACACCUCAUAUUUGAUUCGCCAAAACAUUGUCUUGCUGUUACCAAAGCUGGAACUCAAGUGUUUAUAAUUGGAGGUAUGAGUAGCAAAGAAAACUCGUCACUGGCUGAGGUUCAAGUUUAUGACAGGAAGCGGGAUAUUCUACAGAAAUGUGCUUUCUUACCUGUGUCUUUGACUGGAACAGCUGCAGUUGGAAUACCAGUAAACCGGAGUCCUGCUAGUGAUAUCACCACAAGUAAAACAACUAGAAGUGGCUCUAGAAAAACACAGAAAACAUUGAAGGUAAACGUAGGUGAAGGUGAUAGAGUCUCUGGACGCAUUCGAACUUACAUCACUGGUUAUCGACCUAAAGCACCAGGUGAUGAUGAUCUUUCUAAAGAUUUCGCACCAGUUACUAUACCU